GCGUCUCGAAAUCUUCGGCGGAUCGCACGCUAAUCUUAAACAUGAUGAUACGCAAUUGUUUUCUUCGUAUCUUCAAUUCAUUCUUUAUUUUCUCUUCAUAUUUCAUUUUCACAUUUUCUGUACGUAUUUUCUCAUCAUUCUGCAUUCAGACAAUCAAUACUUCUAAAGCGAUGAUGGGAAUCAAACAGGAUCAUGAGAACAGCACUGGAGCGUGUUGUUUGGAGCAGAAGUACAAACCAGGGACCCUCGUAUGGGCGAAGGUCUUCGGAUACCCAUACUGGCCCGCAAUGAUUGAAGAUGAUCCUGAUGAAGGCACCUACAGCAAAGAUCUUACAACAGCACCGAAAUAUCAUGUAGUGUCCUUGGAAGAUCCACCUUCUCGAGCAUGGAUUUCACUGACAUGUGACAUAACAUGGAUUACAGUGACAUCUAUCAGAUUUUUUCAUAUGUUACCCCCGAUUGACAAAAGAAGGGAAUCUUUAAUGUCGAAAGUAUUUUUUUGUGCUGUGGAGGAGUGCUGUACUGGAGGCAGAGAAGGCCUCCAUUAA